UGUUAGAGUGAGAGAUGGGGUAGAAGUCUGUCUGUGCUCCUUCUUUGGGAAGCUGGUGGGAGGGGAACAGGCCACCAGACUAUAUAGUCAAACAUGUUCCAGAUUUCCACUGCACCAUCCCGGAGCAGCUAACCCCAGCAAAGCACCGUCAGGGUUUCUUGUUUGAGAGGCUUGAGUAAGUUAUAACAGCAAAAUGUGCGACGAAGAAGAUACUACUGCAUUGGUGUGCGACAAUGGUUCUGGACUUUGUAAGGCUGGCUUCGCUGGGGAUGACGCUCCGAGAGCAGUAUUCCCUUCCAUCGUGGGUCGCCCCAGGCAUCAGGGUGUGAUGGUAGGUAUGGGUCAGAAGGACAGCUAUGUUGGUGAUGAAGCUCAGAGCAAGAGAGGUAUCCUUACACUGAAGUACCCUAUUGAACAUGGCAUCAUCACAAACUGGGACGACAUGGAGAAGAUCUGGCAUCACAGUUUCUACAAUGAAUUGCGUGUGGCUCCAGAGGAACACCCAACCCUUCUCACAGAGGCUCCAUUGAAUCCCAAAGCAAACCGUGAAAAAAUGACCCAGAUUAUGUUUGAGACCUUCAAUGUACCAGCAAUGUAUGUUGCUAUCCAGGCGGUGCUAUCCCUUUAUGCUUCUGGCCGUACAACUGGUAUCGUACUUGACUCUGGUGAUGGUGUCACCCACAAUGUACCAAUUUAUGAAGGUUAUGCCCUCCCUCAUGCCAUUAUGCGUCUUGAUCUGGCUGGUCGUGACCUAACAGACUACCUCAUGAAGAUCUUGACUGAACGUGGCUAUUCUUUUGUAACUACUGCUGAACGUGAAAUUGUCCGUGACAUCAAAGAGAAGCUGUGCUACGUGGCUCUGGACUUCGAAAAUGAAAUGGCUACUGCUGCCUCAUCUUCUUCCCUUGAAAAGAGCUAUGAACUUCCGGACGGUCAGGUCAUCACCAUUGGCAAUGAGAGGUUCCGCUGCCCUGAAACUCUCUUCCAACCCUCCUUCAUUGGAAUGGAAUCUGCUGGUAUCCAUGAAACUACUUACAACAGCAUCAUGAAAUGUGACAUUGAUAUCAGGAAGGAUCUGUAUGCCAACAAUGUACUGUCAGGAGGAACCACCAUGUACCCUGGUAUUGCUGACAGAAUGCAAAAAGAAAUCACUGCUUUGGCCCCCAGCACAAUGAAAAUCAAGAUCAUAGCUCCUCCAGAACGCAAGUACUCUGUCUGGAUUGGUGGAUCCAUCUUGGCUUCCCUGUCUACCUUCCAGCAGAUGUGGAUCAGCAAACCAGAAUACGAUGAAGCUGGCCCCUCCAUUGUGCACCGCAAAUGCUUUUAAAUGUUCUUUCUUUUUAUAUUGUCUUCAAUUCCAAGAUAUAUCUUCAAGUGUACUCCAAGUACAUGGCCACCAUUUCAUUCCAAAAUAUGUCUUAGGCUCUAAUUCGAUAAAGUAUUAUUAUUUUUUUUGUUUGUUAUGAAUAAAGCUUAAUCUAUUCUAC